ACUAUUUCAAUUUAUGCUGGUAUACCUAUAUUAAUCGGUGGUUGUAUUGGAAAUUUAUUAAAUCUAAUAGUUUUUAUUAGUUUAAAAACUUUUCGAGAAAAUUCUUGUGCAUUUUAUUUAACAACAAUUUCUUUUAUUAAUAUUGGAAAUUUAUCAACAGGAUUAUUACAUCGUAUAUUAGUAAGUGGAUUUGGAAUUGAUUUAACAUUAGUUUCUUUAUAUUUAUGUAAAUUAUUUCAAUAUUGUAUUCAAUCUUGUGCAUUAAUUUCUAUAACAUGUUUAUGUUUAGCAACAAUUGAUCAAUAUUUCUCGACAUGUUUUACUGAUCGAUGGAGAGAAUUGAGUAAUAUUAAAUUAUCUCGUCGUCUUAUAAAAAUCUUUGUUAUUCUUUGGCUUAUUCAUGGUAUUCCAUAUUUAAUCUUUUUUGAAAUAAUUCAAUCAAAUUUAACCAAAAAGAAUCGUUGUAUGAUUACAAAUAAGAUCUUUUCAAAUUAUUUUACUUAUGUUUAUUCAGCUAUAUUAACCGGUUAUCUUCCGAUAUUUCUUACAAUUUUAUUCGGAUUAUUAUCUUUUUAUAAUGUUAAACGAUUAUCAUUAAGAACAAUAUCGAUUAUUCGACGUCAAUUAGAUAAACAAUUAACAACGAUGGUUUUUCUAUUGGGGAUAUUUAAUAUAAUUGCAUUAAUACCUUAUCCAAUUAUAUUAAUUAUUCGAUCGAUAUCGAGUAUUAUCAAUGAUCCAUCGGCUGUGGUCAAAAUUAAUUUUAUCAAUAAUUUAACAGUGUUUUUCUAUUAUUUAUAUUUCGCAAGUCCAUUUUAUAUAUUUAUUUGUGUAUCGGAACGAUUUCGACGGCAAUUAUUGUUUGUUUUAUUUAAAAUUCAUCUUGAGCGUUGGAGACGAAAGAGAAUGGUUGCAAUAUUAAUGUUACCACGUUAA